AGUAAUAAUGAAAACGAGUGAAAGAAACCUUGUAACACUUCAAAUGACAAAUAGGCCCUUGCCUCUCGACGCCUUUCUUCUUCUGUUGUGUGUGACUCUGUUUUCUUCUAUUUUUCGGUGCAGAAAAGUAACAGAAAAGCAUGGAGCGUAUCGUUGGCGGCAACUACAAGCUCGGCCGCAAGAUCGGAAGUGGAUCGUUCGGUGAAAUCUACCUUGCUACGCAUAUUGAUACCUUUGAAAUCGUCGCUAUCAAGAUCGAGAAUAGUAAAACAAAGCAUCCCCAACUACUUUAUGAGGCAAAGCUCUACAAUGUUCUUCAAGGAGGAAGUGGCAUUCCAAGCAUAAAAUGGUUUGGCGUUGAUGGGGAGGAUAACAUACUUGCCAUUGAUUUGCUUGGUCCUAGUCUUGAAGAUCUUUUUGUGUAUUGUGGAAGGAAGUUCUCAUUGAAGACUGUGUUAUUGUUAGCUGAUCAAAUGAUUACUAGAAUAGAAUAUGUGCACUCUAAAGGAUAUUUACAUAGGGAUAUUAAACCGGAUAACUUCCUCAUGGGACUUGGUCGGAAAGCCAACCAGGUUUACAUAAUCGAUUUUGGGUUGGCAAAACGGUAUCGGGAUUCCACGAGCAAUCGCCACAUUCCUUACAGGGAGAACAAAAACUUAACAGGGACUGCUCGAUAUGCCAGUUGCAAUACUCAUCUUGGGAUUGAGCAAAGUAGACGGGAUGAUUUGGAAUCACUAGGAUAUGUACUUCUGUACUUCCUUAGAGGAAGCCUUCCUUGGCAAGGUUUAAGGGCUGCAACAAAGAAACAGAAGUAUGAUAAGAUAUGUCAGAAGAAGGUAUCAACUCCUAUCGAGGUACUAUGCAAAUCUCAUCCCGUAGAGUUUGCUUCAUACUUCCAUUACUGCCACUCGUUGACGUUUGAUCAACGGCCUGAUUAUGGAUUCUUGAAGCGCCUAUUUAGAGACCUAUUUGCCCAGGAAGGUUAUGAGUUUGAUUUCAUUUUUGAUUGGACCAUUUUAAAGUAUCAGCAAUCACAGAAGCAAAGAGUGCCACCUUCCUUAUCUCCAGUUCCCGGGGCAAGUAACAAUCGUGCAAUCCCAAUGGAUGUUGAUAACCAUCAAGGGCACGGUGAAGAACGAAUUAAAUCAGGAAACGCUACUGGUUCUGGUGUUAAAGUUCAGUUUAAAUCACCAACUGGUAGAAACUUGAGUUCUGAUAACCCUCUUGACAAGAAUAUUUUCGGAGAAGCAAAUAUGCCCUCUACUUCGCAUUCUCCUGCUGGUACUUCAAAAAGGAACCCCUUGAAUCCUGCCUUGUCUGCCGAACCUUCUAACCCUCGACAUGAGCAAGGGAUUAAAAUCGGCCCUUCAAGUAGCUGGAUGUCAUCUCUGCAGCGCAUAUCUUCUUCCAAAUGAACGUCAAGUGUGGUCAUUUUCUUCUACAUGCUGUGUUUUAAAAGAUUUCUGUAUUUCUAUCUCCGGGCUUGAAUCGUCUGAAGAUUCCUAGAAUACAUAUGUGAAGCUGCAAAUGCAUCGUGGUUUGCUUGCAUCUUUCCCCAAGUGUUUGGUCAAGAAUAUUCAAGUGAUGUAUCCAUUGACAUGGACGCCGUGAAUGUGCUGGUGUGCUGGAUGGUUGACAAAUUUGCAUAGCCCCUAUUUGAGGUUAUCCAAAAUAAAAUAAUAUUGAUAUUGAUACACAGGCAAAUAUUAUGGCUGAAAGGUCACUGAAAUAAUGGUUUCUUAUGAAUUUUCAAAGGUUGCACAAUUUGACCCUUGCCGAGGUUAAUUUGUGAUCUCAUUCUAGGGAUGAAAGUAUUGAAUCUAGUUUUGUUUCAAGUGUGGUUCAAGGACCUCCUUUUCUACUGAAUAUAUUGUCUGAAGGAUGAAAAAUGGCAACAAUGCCACAUAUGGAUGCCACUAUCUACAGGAAUGUACUCCUGAUGCUGCUACUUUUGAUGAACAAAUCAGUUUAAGCACUCUGGAUGAGAAUGCACCAAGGAAUAAUUCAUAUUGGAGAUUUCUGUGAUUUCUAUGGUUUGUGCAAAUUGUCAUUGUUUUCAACUAGAGAAAAGGGAGUUACAUAGUUAUGUUGCUUUAAUUCAAGAAUUUUGGAUUCUCUUUCUGCCCCAAAUUGAUCAUUUGGUUGAAUUGCAGCAACAAUUGACAAGGAAUGAGUUGAUAGUCUUUGCUUGUUGCAAGAGCAUGCAAGGUAACACCAAUCAGAAAUUUUGAAAGCUCUUUGUACGUAUAUAGGUUUGUUCAUUUGACAUCUUUGAUCGUGGCACCAAAACAAUGAAUUCACAGUGUCAAUUUCAAAUUGAAGGUUUCACAAUUACAAUUCCCUGCAUGCAUUCUAAAUAUGUUAGAGAAGUUAACAUUUGGCCCUAAGUUUGAUCAUUUGAUGUUUCAUUAGCUUGGAGUGUCUGAUAUUGCUUAAGAAAGUUUUGCAGUUGUGAUUUUUCAAAUUUCUUUAGAACUACUUGCACUUGGUGACAAGCUUGAAACAAGAGUUGUUUAUGAUAUGAAUGUUGGUCAGAAAACUAUUUUGGACACCAUGUAUUUCUCUAUUAUUCAAUCCAUGUUUUACAUAAUAACAUGAUUUAUUAUCUGUGUUUUGUGCCU